GCGCGCAGCCGCGUGCUGGUGGAGGUGAGCGGAAGCGGAACCGUUUGUGUAAAAGUGCUUGAAAAACUGGCAACCCGAGUCUGUCCGCGGCGCGCGCGUCAGCCUCCCGGAGGGCUUCCAGGGUCACACACCGCCGUGCAGAUGGCCGCCAGAGCGGAAUGAGGCGCUGACCAGCCUGCGACCGCCUUACUGCUUUCUUGGGUUCAUAUUUUUGUUCAGAAUGGAGCAAGAGUUUCAGAACAUCGAUUCGUCCGGGGGGUGGCAAAACCUUUACAAUGAGAUCCGCAACCUAGCCAGUGAACAUCCAUACAAAGUGGCCAAAUUCCCAGAGAACAAAAAUCUGAACCGCUACAGAGAUGUCAGCCCUUACGAUCACAGUCGGGUGAAACUUAAAGACUCAGAAAAUGACUACAUCAAUGCAAGUUUAGUCACGGAAGAAGAAGCCCAAAGAUCUUACAUCCUCUCUCAGGGGCCCUUGUGUUAUACUUGUGGCCAUUUCUGGCUGAUGAUUUGGGAGCAGCGCUCCAAAGCUGUCAUCAUGCUCAACAGAGUGAUAGAGAAAGGAUCUGAAAAGUGCGCCCAGUACUGGCCCACCAAAGAAGAGUCACAGAUGUCAUUCGCAGACACCGGCUUUGACGUGAAGCUGCUUUCAGAGGAGGACCAAUCCUAUUUUACCGUCAGGGUUCUGGAACUGCACAACACAAAGACCAUGGAGCGUAGAGAAAUCUAUCACUUUCACUACACCACAUGGCCAGACUUCGGGGUGCCAGAGUCUCCAGCUUCUUUCCUCAACUUCCUGUUUAAAGUCCGGGAGUCGGGCUCUCUGAGCACGGAGCACGGACCCCCAGUGGUGCACUGUAGCGCUGGAAUCGGACGCUCGGGGACGUUCGCGUUGGUGGAUACUUGUCUUGUCCUGAUGGUCAAGAGGAAAAACCCGUCUUCAGUGAACAUACAGAAUGUGCUUCUACGCAUGAGGGAGUAUCGCAUGGGUCUGAUCCAGACGGCCGACCAGCUCCGCUUCUCCUACAUGGCUGUCAUUGAGGGAGCCAAGCUCAUUCUGAAGGAUAACUGUACAUCACAGGAAUCCAUGCUCCAAAACCUUUUAAAAGAAGAGCUGGAGCCAGAGCCGGCUCCUCCACCACCACCUCCACGACCUAACCUCAAUGACAGCAGACAGCCCAAUGGGCCAUGUCUGGACUCACCGAGAGACACUGGAGACCUCUUGACAACAAUCAAGCCUGGCAGCCAAGAUCCCCAUGCAGCAGAUGGGGAUAUGCAUGUGAGGAAGAGACAUCGGGAAGAGAGGAUCGCAAACACGGCGCAGAAGGUCCAGCAGAUAAAACAGAGACUGACGGACUCUGAGAAGAAACAAGAGAAGUGGCAGUGCUGGAAACCAGUGCUGCUUAACGUUGGUGUGGGGGCCGCUGUGGUCGCUGGACUGCUGUGUUUUCUGUACUUCCAGUGAAUGAUCUGGAUCAGCUCAAACGGACUUUUCUGUUGCACCAGUACCUGGGAUUAGGUACUUUUCCUAUGUAGAUGUAGAUGGCAUUAUGUGCAUAACUGAGGGUAUUUAUUUCUUCAGGUCAAAAUGCAGAAGCGCUAGAUCAAACCUGUGGGUGUGAGUGCGUGUGUACGUGUGUGCGCGUGCGUGCAAGAUCUUAGCAAAAAUGAUGACCUCUCAGGAUCCUGGUGCCAGCAUGUUGGUUUUCCUCCCUUCAUCACUGUUGACAAAUGUACUGUAUCAUAGCGAAAUGUCUUUCUGGGAAUGUGCUAGAGAUGCAGUACGAAACAGAACCAAAUCUGGAAGGAUUGUUUUUGCAUUUUUUUCUUCGAAAUCCUCAAACGUGCGUUGGUCUUCUGUGGACGUUUGACAUUUUCAUUUCAAAACGAUCUGUGGUGGCCGUCCAUCCUAUUAAAAAUGUUAGGGCAACACCUGUGCCAAGAGGUUGACUUUGGGAUUUCUUUUUUUUUUAAUGAAGUGCAUCCAUUCGCAGGUUUUCCAGAGCGCCAUCUGUUCUUCCAUUUACAUUUUGCAGGGCAACUCAAGACGGCCAGAUUUAUUAAGUUGUGAGUAGUUACUCCUCUGGAACUGUCCUGCCAAAGUGUCAAACUUCCCUGAAUGUUAUCUUUAACUUUAUGAGCAAGUUCUCUCUUAAUUGCUUUUCUAUGACUAUUGGUUGUUGUGUAACUUAGCCAGACCCUUGUCAUUUUUACCCACUGGAUGGGUUUGUCUGUGUUCAAUACCCCCUCCACAGUUUUUUCUGUUGUUGAGAGAAACCAAAGCUGUCCAUUUUACCGAGGUAACCGUCAAACUAUUCAGUGAUAAAGCCUUGUACUCUUUAUCACGUGGGAUGUAUUAACUCUUGGAUCUCUGAUACAACUCGCAACCAUGUUACAGCAUACUACUAGUCAUAUUACUUUUCAGUUUGUGUGUGUGUGACUCUUUAGUAUCAUCAAAUAGUUUUUCAUAUAACAGAGACUUGGCUAAAGCCAUGAUAGUUUAAUGUAGAAGAUGGAACAAAGCACCUUGGAUUAAAUGCAAACUUACAAAAGAA